GGGAAUUUAUCAGUUUUACUUAUUAUAUUUUUGCUGCUAGUUUAUUGAAAUUAAUUGAUGUAUAUUUAAAAUGGCCACACCACAUAAUCAAGAAAAUGUGACUCAGUGGAAGACAACUAUAAUAGUCAGCAAUUCUCUGGAGAACCACGACACUAUUAAAAUGCUCAGAGCUGAACAACAUCGCAUCAGAUUCACAAACAGUGUCGAGAAUGGGGCUUUUAUUUUCCCUCUCUCAGGGACGGCAUUUCUGUUGGUUGACCCCCAAGACCCACAGCAUCAGGAGUCUGCUUUGGUUGAGAAUCUGAAUAAAUUUGUUGAAGUCCAUCGCAACUGCUUUGUGCUCCUUUACGCCCCUUUCAACGGACCCAAAGAGAUGGAAACACUCUCACUGAUCCAAAACAGUUUCUUUGGGAGUAACUUGCGGAUUCUUCCUGUGAGAAACAAUGCAAAUAUAGUCAAAGGAAUGCUUACAAUUGCCAAGGUGACUAGUAAACCUCACGUGGACAACAUUCGAGACCGGCUGGCCCUGGCCCGCAGCCGUAUCAUAGAGAACAGCCCAGUCUGGGAGAUGCUCAGAGACCUGUUAUAAAACACUAAUAAUCCCCUGAAUGUUAUUUUAGAGUCAGUUCAUAGACUAUGUCAGUUGUGGUGUUCAUUUUAGUGCAAAUAACACAUUCUAUUAAAAAAAAAAAAGUUUGUCA